AUGGUUCUUCCGUUGUUUGGCAUAUCGAAGCAGUCUUCUAAUUCAUCAUCUGCCCCAUCUCUGCAGGCACUGGAUUACACAAACCAUGACGACCACCCAGUCGAGUUGAGUAUUAAUAUUGAGUCACCUCCAUGUGUUCUAUAUGGAUCUGCUACCGAAUCGUCAGGGGCCCUUCUAGGUGGGCUAUUGACAGUCACGAUUAAUGAUGGUCUGGAGAUUGAAGCACCAAGAUCCACUCCUUUAACACCGGUGAACAGUAAUCAGAGAAAGCAAUUGACGAAUUCACUUACAACAUCCUUAUCUCACUUAUCGUUUUCCCAUAAUCACGGCUCAAACCAUAGUAAAUCUGGAGACAGUCUGAAAAGACUGGGCUCGAUGUCCAAUAUUGUUCCAUCGGCUAAGACCGUGACCACUAUCAAAAUAAAUUCUGUUGAGUUGUCGCUGAUCCAAAAGGUUCACUACGAGAAGCCAUUCAGGCCUGCGCAAGCUACAUUUAAUUCCUGUACAAACUGUAAGACUAAGAUGACUGAAUUUCAUCGCUGGACGAUUAUAGACAAACCCACUGAAGUUAAGGUUGGGAAGCAUAGCUUCCCAUUUUCUCACUUGAUUCCGGGGAACUUACCGGCAACGACUCAUCUUGGAUCGAAUUCGCACACCACAAUAAAAUACGAGCUAAUAGCUGUUGUGACUUAUAGACAUCCAUUUAGGGGGAAGGGGGAGUCUUCUAAAAGGGUACUGCAACUCAACCUUCCGAUUCCAAUCACCAGAAGCAUACUCAGAGGUUCCGAUAAGACGUCGUUGAGAGUGUUUCCUCCAACAGAGCUCACAGCUAAUGCCGUGCUACCAAACGUGGUGUAUCCAAAAUCUACAUUUUCUAUGGAAUUAAAGCUAGACGGCGUGUGUUCUGAGAACAGACGGUGGAGGAUGAGGAAAUUGAACUGGAGAAUCGAGGAAAAGGUCAAAGUGCGGGCACAUGGCUGUCAAGCGCAUAUGUCCAAGUUGAAGCAGCUUGAGGAGAAAGUGAAGCAUGACGAAGAGCGCGAUAGGCAGUUGAGGAAGAAUACCAAGCCCAUCAAGCGGUCUCUAGACAUGGGGCCGCAAGUGAAAAUGACCGUUAACAGCUCUCACGACUUGGUUGCGCAGCAACUUUCGCGCUUGAACGCACAGUCUUCGGACUCGGGCAACGCCGCUUCUUCCAACGACAUUCUUGCGCCAACGGCUUCUGCUGAUGGAAAUCUCGACGAAGAUCACGAUACCAUCCCAGACACUAGCAACGACUUCAUUCACCCUAACGAUGACGCAAUGAGACAAGAGAUUCUGCAACAACAGCAGAGAUUAAGACAACAACAGCUAGAAGCUGAGUUGAAACACGAGUCUGCCCUAUAUACAGAGGAAAUACGAACCAUUGCCCAUGGUGACGUCAAGAGCGGGUGGAAGUCCGACUUCUCUAAUGGCGGUACGAUUGAGCUGGUAACUGAUAUUGACUGCAUGAAGCUCAACUCUGGAGUCACAAACCCGGUAAAUCAUACUUCUACGAGAAAGCCAUUCAUCUUGCCAAAUCAGGAUAACGUGAACAUCUCAUGCGACAUAGAGGACAACAGUCUUGGCGUGUAUGUAAGCCACGUGUUAUUUGUGGAGAUUAUAGUUGCAGAAGAGCAAUUGCAAACUUCCCAAGGAACUGGCACUGGGAGCGAGAGCGGCAGUAGGCGAGGCUCUGUGGUUUCCAGUUCUUCAAAGGCAUCUGUGAAACCGAAGAACAAUGCUGAUCAACGUUUAGCGGAGUUAUCGCCCAUGUUUGCGGAUAGGGAAAAUAAGCCAGUACCUGUGAUAGAGCCGCAUAACAACGAUGCGGGCCCCAGGAUAGUUGGUGUACCUACCGGUGCCGCCCGGGUAUUACGGAUGCAAUUCAGGCUCACUAUGACCGAGCGUUCAGGUCUAGGAAUAUCGUGGGACGAUGAGGUGCCCCCGGCCUACCAGGACAUUAAGGCACUAACGCCGCCGAGCUACGAUGAUGCGGACAGUUCUGUCCACAGGAUGCGCGGUUACAACUACUACUCAGAUGGUCCUGCUGCUAGUUCUUCUGCGGCGCAGACUAUGGAUGGGGCUGGUGCCCCAUCCGAGGUUGGGUCCGCACGAAAUAGCACUUCAACCUCGCUCCACCAGGACGAUAACACGAGAAACAGCAGCGGAGGCACCGGCGAGUACAUCAGGCCGCCGCCAGCUCUCCACCACUCAGCAAGCACCUCGUCCAACUCGGCCAACUUCCCCUUCACAGAUCUGGAUCACGUGAUGAGUAUUCAAGGUGCGGAGCCCGGGUUUAAUUCGGCGUUAACUCCGCAAACGACCAGGACCAUCAACGUGCCCACCAUUUCGGAGCUGCUGGACACUGAUAGAAUAACGCAGUGA